AUGAGCAGCGAUAUCGUCAACUGGGACCCGCAGUUCAAGCCCGUCAAGGGCAUCUACGAAGACCGGCUUCGCCAAUUUAUCGACAACGGAGGGGACUACCGGGACCUCAAUUUGCCCAAGUUCUAUGACCGGCAGCGCAAGCGGAUCGACAGCACGCGUGUGAAGGUGCAGUACUACCAGGUGCCGUACGACCGCCACAAGCCUCCUGUUGCGCCGGAGAAGCGGCCGCCGUGGGAGGAGGUGGUGCGGCGCGAUCGUGCUGGAGAAAUCGAAUGGAAGGAUGUGUACCUCGGACAGCCGUUCGGGCCGAGCUGGUCCACUACGUGGUUCAAGGUUGAGUUGGACAUCCCGGAAUCGUGGAGCAGCUCUGGGGAACAGCUAGUAUUCGAGUGGGACUGCGAGAACGAGGGUAUUGUGAUCGACGGCGACACGCUCUUGCCGAAGACCGCGUUCUCGGGCAACGGUGAGAGGACAGAGUACUUGCUCCCACUAGGGCGCAGCUCCGUGAGCUUCUACAUCGAGUGCGGCAAUAACGGGAUGUUCGGUGUGGGCCGGAACAACAACUCGAUAAACCCGCCCGACGAUGACCGCUACUUCCAUUUGCAGAAGGCGGACUUGGUGUGGCCCAAUUGGCAGGCGCGGGCGUUGUACAUCGACUUCUGGAUGCUCGGUGAUGCGGCAAGGGAGCUCCCUGACAACUCGUGGCAAAAGCACCGUGCGCGUGAGUUGGGCAACUUGGUGAUGAACAUGUUUGACCCUGAAGACGUGUCGACUGUGGACAAAUGCCGCAAGUUUCUCCAGAAGGAGUUCUUUGACAAGUACACGGACGACCCGAAGGUGUACCAGCAAGGCGACCCGCAGGUUCGGGCGAACGUCUACGCGAUGGGUAACUGCCACAUUGACACCGCGUGGUUGUGGCCAUUUGCGGAAACAAAGCGGAAGAUCGUGCGUUCGUGGACUUCCCAGUGUACGUUGAUGGAUGAGUUCCCGGAGUACCAGUUUGUGGCGUCCCAGGGCCAGCAGUUCAAGUGGUUGUUGGAACAACACCCACGAUUUUUCAAGGAGGUGUUGGUGCCACGGGUGCAACAGGCGCAGUUCUUCCCUAUUGGCGGAUCCUGGGUCGAGAACGACACGAACAUUCCAAAUGGUGAGUCGUUGUGUAGACAGUUCUUCUACGGACAGCGCUUCUUUAUGAAGCACUUUGGACUCAAGAGCGAUAUCUUCUGGUUGCCGGACACCUUUGGAUAUUCCUCGCAGGUCCCACAGAUCUGCCGCAUUUCUGGUAUCACCAAGUUCUUGACGCAGAAGUUAUCGUGGAACAACAUCAACAGUUUCCCUCAUUCAACCUUCAACUGGUCGGGUAUUGAUGGAUCCAUGGUGUUGACCCACAUGCCUCCCGGAAAUACGUAUACGGCCUCGUCACACUUUGGUGAUGUUUUACGCAGUGCGAACCAAAACAAGUCAAAUGAACACUAUGGCACAGGUUUAAUGUUGUACGGGUACGGUGACGGCGGUGGAGGUCCAACAAGGGAGAUGUUGAACAAAAUGAGGCGUAUCAGGUCAAUGUCUAACCGGAAUGGCAAUGUUGUCCCCAAGCUUGAGGUCGGGAAGUCCGUAAACGAGUUUUACGAUGAUAUUAUGCAGAAGACAGACAAUGGGAACGCAUUGGCCACUUGGACUGGCGAAUUGUACUUUGAAUUCCAUAGAGGCACGUAUACGACACAGGCAGACGUUAAACGGUUGAUGAGACUAUCUGAGGUUAAGAUCCAUGAUUUGGAGUGGAUUGCCACAAAGGUUUCGCUACUAGCGCCUAACAAGUACACGUACCCUGUUAAUGAUAUUAACGCUCUAUGGGAAGAUAUCUUGUUAUGCCAGUUCCACGAUGUCCUUCCCGGGACAUGUAUAGAAAUGGUAUACAAAUAUGAAGCAAUACCAAUGCUUAACAAGGUCGUGCAGCUAGCAGAUCGGUUCAUAGAGAGAGCUUUGGAGGCCUUGAACACAGGAGGGGAAAGUUUGGUCCCAAUAGGCACCUUGCAAUGGGAUAACAUGGCUGCAGAAAACGCUGACGCGCAGGAGUCGGUAUUUUACCCUGCUAGCGUGUCAAAGGACAGUGAGACUAUCAUCUUGAAUAACAAGAAGUUGCAGGUCACCUUUGAAAAGAACACGGGUGUGAUCAAGAGUAUUAAGGAUCUCUUCCAUGAUUUAGAAUUCAUCGAUACCAAGCAUGGACGAAACAAAAUUGGUGCAAAUCAGUUCGUUCUCUUUGACGACCAACCUUUGUUCUGGCAGGCCUGGGAUACGGAGCUUUACUCUGUCAACAAGUACCAGUAUUUGCAGAAUGUAGAGUCGGUCACGGUGGUGCAAGACUGUAAAGACGUGUGCAGCGUGGAGACGCGCGUCAGCAUUGCUCCGGGCAGCACUAUUAUUUCCACUGUUUCCCUUUCGUCCCUAACUUCGGAAACGCUCGACGACGCCAAGGUCGACAUUGUUACCAAGGUGAUCAACUGGAAUCAGCGCAACAAGUUCUUGAAGGUCGAGUUCCCUGUCAGUAUCUUCAACGACUUUGCAUCGUACGAAACUCAGUACGGCAUCACUAGAAGGCCCACGCACUACAACACCUCCUGGGAUGUUGCCAAGUUUGAGGUAUGUCAGCACAAGUUCACCGACUAUAGUGACUACACCAAGGGUGUCUCUGUCUUGAACGACUCCAAGUACGGCUUCUCGACCCACGGUAACUUGAUGCGGUUGUCCUUGCUCCGUUCCUCCAAGGCGCCUGACGAGAAUGCCGACAUGGGGACACACAAGAUGAGAUAUGCGAUUUAUCCUCAUAAGGGCGGUCUCACCACCGAUACCGUAAGGCUAGGGUUGGAGUUCAACUAUUCGUACAAGUAUGGCGUUCACGAGGGCCUCGCCAAGGACUUCCGCGACAUUAUCUCCAUCACUGGUGACAAAAAUGUCAUCUUGGCCAACUUAAAGCGCGGUGAGGACGAUGAGGCAUUGAAGUCCGACUACUCCAUGGCUCCCAAACCCGAGUCGAGUAUUGUAGUGCGCGUAUAUGAAUCGCUAGGUGGAGAAUCCGUCGCCUCCUUGCUCACCUCCUUGAAGGUCAAGAAGGUUUUGAAGGUCAACAGUCUCGAGUUAGACACGGUUGAGUCCUUGGCGUUCAAGACACCGGACGAAAGCACUCACCGGAAGUUCGAGAUUCCAAUCAAGUUGCGGCAGUUUGAAAUUGCCACGUACAAAAUCAUGUUCUGA